AUGGUCGCGUGGGACAAGGUUCUUGGUUUGGUUUCCGUUGCGGCGGGCACGGCGCUGCUAGGGAUGACGGCAUUCGAUGUCCCCUACUUCAAAAGCAUCUACUUCCUUCGCAUCGAUCUUGCUAACGCGACUGUAACGAAUGGAGUAACCCCAACGACCCCCUUCGUUGACCUCGGAGUUCUUGGUUUCUGCACAGACCUCCAAGACGGUCGCGGCCUUCAAUGCUCUGAACCCAAGAUUGGCUACAACCUCACUGAGGCUAGCAGCUUCAUAAGCGGUCCCCUCCCCCCUGUCCUGGCCUCUUCCGUCAAUACCGUCGCUUCUGGUCUCACCAAAGUGCUGGUCCUUCACAUCGUCGCAUUCGGAAUCUCCCUCGUCUCGUUUGCAUUCGCCCUCAUCGCUUUCCUCGGCGCCCCCAUCGCAGACUGCUGCUCGUCUUGCUUCUGUGGUUUUGCCGGGGCCGCCGCAUUCGCCGUCUUCAUAUUCGACAUCGCGUUUUUCCAGCUGAUCAAAAAACGCGUCCAGAUGGUCGGGAAUGCAGGCGGGGCAGUCAUGGGCAACGCGCUCUAUCUGACGCUGAUUGCAUGGCUGCUGUUGUUUAUUACCCCCAUCAUGUUCAUGCUUGGACGGUGCUGUGGGUGCUGCAUGCCCGAUAUGAGCUCCCGUCGCAAGGACAAGGAGAGGUAUUAG